UUACAGCUUUGAACUCUGCUAUGAACACCGGAGAUACGUCUUUAAUUCAAGAGGAAACUAUCCCACGAGUUAUUACAACAUUCACGAUUUAAAAAAAAAAACGUCCGGCGCGUUGCGUUGCGGUUCGCUGUCGGAGUACCCUACCCCAGGACAGGAGGCCGAUGUGUGCCAUCGGUCCGCGCCACACGACCGCUCAAAGUUACUUUAGAGACUUGUAUGAAUCCGUAAAGUCCAACAGUGAAGAGACGACAUUAUGUCAACAUCCAUGGAAAUAACUGAUUAACCGAGAGCUUCUGACGCUCCCAACACUGUCCAGGAUUUAAAAAAGAAAAAGAAAAAAAGGCUGUCGUGGAGGUAAGGGUUCCCAGUCCUGUGUGGGAUGUUAACAGACUGGUGGCGCGUUGAGGCUGAAGGAGCAUGGUGAAACACCAACCCUUACAGGUCUACGAGAAACAGGUCUUUGUGUCCUUCGUCACUGGGAUCUAUGGUUGCCGCUGGAAACGCUACCAGCGUUCCCAAGAGGACAGCUCCAGGUGGGAGUGUGCAUGGUUCAUCAUCCUGUGCAGUUCUUUCUUCCUGCUCCUCUUUUGGGCCUACUUCUGGUUGGUGGCUCAAAAUGAUUUCAACGAGUUCAACUGGUCAGUAUACAACCGCUCUGGAGAAUGGAGGGACGAGACCAUCCCCAUCCUCACAUCCACCACCGUGGGAUUCAGCUACAUCACAUUCCUAAUGAUUUUAGCACUUUUCCAUAUAUCCCUGGGCCAGCAGAUGAACCUCUACUGGGUUCACAAGAUUGGAGUGUUGGCUACGUUGAUCACCACCAUCUCUGGCGUCGUCACUGUUGAUGACAUAUGGGGGGAUGAGUGGGACAUCCUGCUUGUGUCACUGCAGUCCACAGCACCUUUCCUGCACCUUGGAGCCCUGGCAACACUCACAGCUAUCAGCUGGUUGGUAGCUGGAUACGUGGUCCGCAGAGAGAGAUCCAAUUUCCAUGUGAUGGUGUUGCUGAUCUACAUCGUCAUCCUCCUGGCUCUCUAUUUGGCACCACUCACGUUCACCUGCCCCUGCAUCAUGGACCGCCACAGCCUCAGACCGCGACCAGACAUCAUUGGUCGACGCGGAGCUCCUAUGCUGGCCCCAGAAAACACCAUGGUGUCCUUUAACCGAGCCCUGCAGCAUGGAGCCAGCUCCCUGGAGGCAGACGUUACCAUCAGUGUGGACGGCGUUCCCUUCCUUAUGCGAGACCGCACGUUGAGACGGACCACAGACGUCAGUAAGGUCUUUCCAGCCAGACAGUAUGACGAUGCCUCUUUCUUCAACUGGACAGAGAUUCGCUCUCUAAACGCAGGCCAGUGGUUUUUGGAGAGUGACCCCUACUGGACAGUAGAAACCCUGACAGCGAGGGACCGCAGCAGAAUAGGCAACCAGACGGUCUGCAGUCUGGUGGAAAUGCUGCGUCUGGCGGCCAGGGCCAACGGCUCGGCACUGCUCGACAUUCGCAAGCCUCCACCGGAGCACCCGCGCUACCGGAGCUGGUUCAUGGACACGCUGUGGGCCGUGCAGAAAGCAGGGAUUUCCCAGAAGAGGGUGAGGACUGUGACGUGGACCCCCGACACGGACAGGGGGAGGGUGCGAGGGCUUCAGCAGACGGCAAACGAGAAGCUGUCGGUUGAAGAGAUCAGGCAGAGGGGAAUAACAAGCCUGACCCUCCACUACAGCAAGGCCAGCCACAAAGACAUACAGGAGUAUCUGGCCAACAAUGUGAGUGUGACUGUCUACCCAGUGAAUGAUCCCUGGCUCCUCUCCGUUCUGUGGUGUAGCGGGGUGCCUUCUGUGUCCUCUGAUGCCCCCCAAGUCCUCCGAAAGGUGCCUUACCCCAUCUGGCUCAUGAGUCAGAACGCUUACAACUUCAUCUGGAUCACUUCAGACCUGGUCUCCCUCGCUGUAGUAAUAGGGAUCUUCUGUUUUCAGAAAUGGAGGAUGAGCGGGAUGCAGAACUAUAACCCAGAACAGAUUAUGCUGAGCGCCGUGACGCGUCGGUCCAGUCGGGACGUCAACAUCAUGAAGGAGAAGCUCAUAUUCUCAGAACUCAACAACGGGCUCAGCAGUACAGAGGAGCUUUCUCUGUAUCCUGAGAACGGUUAUGCCAGAUACUCUGAUGGCGGCGUCUCUGACUGAACGAAACGCACCGCCGCAGCUGGCAGAUCUCGGAUGUUCGUUUGAUUUCAGAGACUUUACUGACUGGAAGUUAUUCCAGGGUAACUGGGUUACCAGCUAAAUGUGGUGAUCUGCGUGGUGGUAGGGCCAAAAGUCCGUUGGACUGCCAUGAGAAAAAAAUCUCUGUUCAGUCUGUUUGCUUGAGUGACCUUCUCAAAAGUUGUAUUUGAGGCAAUACAGGCUGUAAUCUUGUAUUUUUCCAUGUCAUGUACUUCACUGAUGUUUUCUAACAUAGGAAAUGGGCUGUGUAGUGUUCUGUAUUAUAAACUAAUGUAAAUAUGAAUUGUUUUUAAAUUUUUUUCAAUGGUUUGGACAUAUCAAUUGUAUAUUUUUUUUUGUUUUCAUUUAUUAUCAUCACGACUGAUGUCCUGUUGUCAGUGCGAAGGAUUGAUUAGAUUAGGGCCUACUUGAAAACUUCUUUUCUUUCAGUUUUCAUGGGAUGAGGGGGUUUUGGGGGGUUUUGAGAGUAUAUUGUGAUCAAUGUUCUAAUCUUUUUUUUUUGCCUCUUUUCUGUCAUGCCAUGAUUGAUUUACUAUAUAGUCAUAUUAGCUAUUACGACUUUCACAUGGCUGCCUUUUUUGUUAAAUGAAUGGACUGGUAGAAUAGUGUAGGAUAUUCUUUGUCUUUUAGUUUAAUAGUAGGGGUACAAAUUUCAAGUUAGAACUACACUUUUAGCCGCAGACAUGUUGACUGUUCAAUAAAUGUUUUCUCUGUGAAAAAUGUGCAGUUUGUCUUUUGUG